AUGGGCGGGAUCGUGUCCCGUCUGCGCAGCUUCCGCCUGCCGUCCGAUCCGUUCAACCUCGCGCCGGGCAUUGACGAAAUCCUGCUGCACGAAUCGGACGCCUUUCACGCCGCCGCCACCCUCACCUUCUACCACUUCGCGCUCCCGCCGCACCACUUCGACUCCGCGGCCGGCGCCGCCGGUCCCGGCGCCGGCGCUGGCGGCGCUGGCGGCGGCGGCGCGUCUCGAGACGAUCGUUCAUCUGCGCGCGAAGCCCCUCCGCCCGCGAGCGGAGCGGGGGCAAGCUCCGGGGGAAGAGGCGGCGGGGCUCUGGGGGGAGGUUCAUCCGGGGAAGGCGGAGGCGGGGAUCGGGGGAGCGGAUGGAGGGGUGGGAGUGGGGGAGCAGGCAGCGGGGGCGGCGGCAACAGCAGCAGCAGCAGUGGUGGCGGCGGCGGCGGCAUGGUGUGGCGGUUCCAGCUGGUGGAUGCGGUGCAAUGGCUGCACCAACACGUCCGCGACGCCGCUGCUGCUGGUGAGGGUGAGGGAGGGAGUGAAAAGGGGAAAGACGGGAGCGCAGGAGACAUUCCCGAGGACGACCCUCUCCUCGCCUUCCUCCGCCGCUUCCUCCCGCGUUCCCCGCCCAGGCGUCUCGACAUCAACCGCGCCUUCUCCCUCCUCUCCGCCACGCAACGCCGCUCCGCUUCCCACCGCGGCCUCUCCCUCGCGCUCUUCCACACAGUAGCCGCAUACGCGCUGCGCUGCGCCGCUCUGCGCCGCCUCCACACGCGCCUGCUGCUCCUCGUGCCCUGCGCCGCCUCCUGCUCCGCCCUCGCGUCCCUCGCGCUCUUCUCCGCGCUGGGAAUCACCCGACCCAGGCUCGUCGAGAGGCUCGAGAGUCCAGAGAAAUUCAGAGAUCUGGGGAAUCUGAGGAGUGUGGAGAGUUUGGAGAGUUUGGGGAGGGAAGGUAGUGUGCGGGGGAGUGGUGGUGGUGAGGGAGGGGGCACUAGCACAGGAUGGAGAUGGCCUGGCUGGUGGUUGCUUGAAGCACGUUCUUCCAGGGAUGUAACGCCAACACCACAUGGCAGCAGCAGCGCGCCGCACAGCAUCUCACAGCACCGAUCCUACCAUGCACCUCUGUCCGGUUCUCCUGCUGGUGCGGGUGCUACUGCUGCUGCUGCUGCUGCUGCUGCUGCUGCUGCUGCUGCUGCUGCUGCUGCUGCUGUGGGGGUGGCUGAUGUUGGUGGUACAGGAGGAAGUGGGGUGGUGGUGAGGAGGGUGAGGACUCUAGAGCUGACUGAACCGCUGCCUAGGAGGGUCGUGGUGAUUCCGUCUCUGCUGCUUGGCGCGGCCAUUGGAGCAGCUCUAGCCUUGCAUUUGUAG